GCCCGGAGGAAACCUGGCAGCUAAUCCUCACCUUGGAGGUCACAAUCACAGUAGCACAGAGGCAGCACAGGACAAGGGGCAUGGCAGAAGACUUGCCCAUGCUGCAGAAUGGCCUUCUGGGAGUGUCUAGCUGCCAGGACCUGGGAACCGCCUUGGGCUGAGAAUUCUAGGAGUCUCCUCCUCCUUGCCGCUAUGAGUCAGGCUGGGGAAACACUUUCAGUUUUGUUUUCUUGUUGCAAAGAAACUGAAACUCCACGGAAGUACUCCAAGGAGCAGACCAUGGAGGGUGACUUCCAAGUGUGCAGGAACUGCAAAAGAAAUGUGGCCUCUCUCCACUUCACGCUCCACGAGGCCCACUGCCUGCGCUUCCUGGUCCUUUGCCCGGAAUGUGAGGAGCCCAUCCCAAAAUCAAAGAUGAAGGAGCAUGUGGAAGUGGUGCACCAGCAGGAGGUUGGGCCCAUGUCCUCCAUCUUCCCACAGACCAAGGAAAACCAACAGCACCCUGCCAAGUGCAAGUUCUGUGAGCUGGUCGUGCGAUUCACCAAUCUGGACAUCCAUGAGUCCCUCUGUGGCAGCCAGACAAAGGAUUGUCCACAUUGCAACCAGCCCAUCACACUCCGAGAACUGGCCCAGCACAAAGAUGUGUGUCUGAGUGCAAAGAGUAGGCCUGAGGAAGGGAAGAGAACUGUAUCAUCUCCUGGAAGAAAAACCCAUUGUGAUACUUGCAAACAAACGAUUCCAGAAAACGAGUAUGUCUCCCAUAUGAAACAAUGUUCAAGAAAUAUGGUAUAUCUUCGGGAUGGAAAGACAAUAGUCCUUCCUCCAUCCCUUCUGUUUAUGGGCACUGGAAAGCAAACACCCACAAUGAGGAGAGAUGUUCGUCCAAAGACAAAAAAUAGAAACAGUUCAACAAAGCGAGAGACAAAGGACCAAAAUGGCGCUCUGGAUCUGCCUUUGAAGUCUGGGAUCCAGCAGAGGACUGCUCUUCGUAAAGGAGAGGAGACGGCCUAUGACAUUCUCCGGAACUGUUGUCAGUGCCAAAUCUUACUUCCCUUGCCCAUUCUAAAUGAGCACCAGGAGAAGUGCCUGAGGUUAGCUCAUCAAAAGAAACUCGAAUGAGGACGGCCAGCUGGAUUCGGAAAAGCGCCAGUUCACAAUAGCUACCCAGCUUCCUUUCCUAGUGGUCACAACUUUGUUUUCUUUACCAGUCUCUGUAACCGAAUUCCCCCUUUAAUUUCUAACAGUUUCAUAUGUGUUUACGAUGCAUUGUAAUCAUACUUAUCCCCGUUGCCUUCUGCCACCUACAACCCACUCCUGUGAACCCCGUUCUUCCCAACAGGUCCCUGCUUUCAUAUCUUGAGCCGACGUUUGCUGGUGCUUGUAUGUGCACAUGUGCACAUGCUAGCAUGCACAUGCUUAUUCAGGUCUUGUGCCGGUAACCACAACGGAUGUGUGACCCUGUUUGUAACAGCUGUGACCAUGCUAAAUCCAGAAGAGAGCGUCUGAUAGCGCGUCACCCAGCCCCUAAUCCUUUAGCUCUCACCAGCUUUGGACCCCAUCUUCCACAAUGUCCCCUUGGCCUUGGGAGGGAUGUCUCAUCUUGGGCUCAGGGCCGGGUACUCAACUGGCACUCUUGGCACUUUGGGUGGUCUUUAUUUAGGAAAUGAGACAGGCUUUCAUCUUUGGGCAUCAGAAGAUGACUUUUCCUUCUUCUGAGCUACAGAUGACCCAGAGUAAAGGCCUUCGCUUCUUGCCCUGAACUCCUAAGCACCUAGGCUCAAUUGCUGGGUUACUCAAGAGACCCUCGAUUUAUCCUGAGUUUCUCCCCGUCCUUUUGCUUUGUUUUCCUCGUUGGUUUUUCAGGACAAGACAGGUUAGGAAUAUGAGAACUAGAGGGGGAGAUGCAGCAGGAGGAAGGGAAGAAAAAAUGGAAAGGAAGGGAAAGAGAAGGGGGAGGGGAAAGGGAAGGAAGGGUGGGACAGGGAGAGUUAAAGUUCCCAGCAAGUAGUCCAACUGAGCUUUCUAAAAAGGCUGGUUGUUAGAAGGGCAGCGGCUGUGAGGAGGUUAGCAUGGUGCAGGCCGUCUUGAGCUAUCUUAGGCCCUUAAAAAGCUGCUAAUUGUCCACAUCUGUGCGUGACCUAGCAUCCUAUGCCUCCUAGGUAAAGUUAGAUCCCAAGUGUUAAGAAAGCCAUCACAUACGCAUCCGGGGCCUACAGCACAGUCUCUUCGAUUUGCUGUAACCUCCGAUCUGUUGUAUCACCAGAAUUUGUAAAGUGACUUUCUUUGCUCUGUUGUUUUAAAACUUCACAGAAAUUGUUACCAAGGUCAGAACACGGAUAUCUGAAGCCAACUGAAUCUGUAUUUCUGGACCAUGAUCACUCAUUCGGCUCCAAAAUAAACUAUCUCUUCAUCUCCUU